UAUCCGUCAGAAUGUUGGUUAGAAUAAUAAUUUCUUCAAAUAGGGGCCCACACAUAAAGCUUAAUUGUUACUAAUGGAUUUUAAAUCUUAUAAUUAAUGCACCAUUUAAUGAUAUUAACUGAUAUUAAUAGGUAAGUUUGCUUCUAUAAAUUUCAAUUAUUUAAACCUUUCUAAAGUCGAAAAUAUUAGUCGUAACAAAUAAUAUUGACGUAAAAUAUCUGUCGUUCAUGAAACCUUUAAGUUGAAGAGGUAUCUUGUAAAUUUUAAUGUCAACAUAUUUCAUACUUUUCAAUUGGAAUUUCUAAAUACGUUGGUUAUGUGUGCAAAACGAUGAGGUUUAUUUAUUUAGGCACGGGGAUCACGUUUGAAAAACAGAGAUUUUAGUUUAAUUUGGUGAAAAUACGAAUGCCAAGCACGUUAAGCAUAUAAUCUAGAUCAUUCUACAUCGUGUUUUGGUUAACAAUACAUAAUGUCCAGAUAUGUAUCAAUGUUAUUCUUUUAUGAUGUUAUUAAAGUAUAAAAAAUGGCAAAUAUAUUAAGGGAGUAAUUUUAACAUAAAUUACGAUAAAAAGGAAAUGGAUCUGUCAUGAAAAAAAAAAGAAUAACAAAUAUUUAAACUUCAAUUUAUUAUUUAUUUAUUUUAUUAUUUAGAGCAUUGUGCAUUUUAACCACACACACACACACACAUAGAGAGAUUCACACAGACACACACAGACAUAAACACACACACAUACACACACUCAAAUCAAUCCGAAAAAAAAAAAAAAAAAAAACAACCGCAUAGCUACGUAAAUAAUAAUUUUAAUAUUUGAAUGUAUAGUAAAUGAAGGACUUCCUUCAAGCUGUGUGAAGGAAAUAAUAUAAAAAAGUUAUGUGGAAAUUUACGUCAAAUGAUAAGACAAUAAGGUAAGAGGGAUUUGGCUAAGAGCCUUACUCAGCAGACAGGACACAUGAAAAUUCGACGAGACAUCAAUUUUAAAAUCAAUUUUAAAAAAUAAUGAUUGAAGCCUUAGUACACCUGUCUUACUUAUAUUUUAAAAGUGUUUAUUCAUUUGUAUUUGUAUAUUUUGAUAUCCGAGUUUAAUUGUUGUUAUAUUAUCAUUAAACAAGAAAUCAUUUACUAGUAGUGCAACUCAGUGUAUAAUGGAAUAACAACAAAGGAGGAUUGAGGGCUGGUCUCUGUCACGGUUGAUUGGUAACACCGCAACUGAAGGACAUUCUCAUGAUGAACUAUAUCUAGGUUAACACUGUACACAUAGCACAGAUCAAUUUUUAACACGGCACACACGUCGAAAACAAUAUGUGCGCCGCGGUAGAGCACUGUCAGAAGGUUGCUCAGUACAACACAUUGCCGCUCAAUAUAGUGACUUUCAAUCGAUUUUUUGUGUCACAAUAGGAGAUAAGAAAUGAGGUCGAAGCACAGGGUAAUAGAAAACCUGAAAAAAGACAAGAAACAUGAUAAGCGUGUCGGCAAGAAGCCUUUAACAUUAAAGAAGAAAAAAAGCUUUCAAUUUCCAUGUGCUUAAUAUUUUCAAAUGUAUUGUUACAUUGUGACACGUAUUAGUGGAAGGUGCAGAAUAAAAGAAAAUUACGUUUUAUUAGGUUUACAUUUAGAUAGGUGUAGAGGUAUAAACAUUUUCUUCAACCACUUCUGAAAGCACUACUAAUUUACAAUUAACAAAUAUAAAUUACUUUCCUAUAUUAUUUCUUUAAAUUAAAGAAACACUUGUUAAUGCUGGAAGCUUUAUAUUUGAUAUCAGUAAAACUGCAAUUGGACACGUGUAGAAAAAUUUAAAGUAGCCCUCCGAUGGUAUCGAUCCUUACCUGGAAAGAAGACAAAAACGGUUUCACGAAUUUUAUCUGCACAUUUCAAGUUUCCAUUUCUAGAUUGAGCUGUUUACUUUAGCACUCUAAGUUCAUAUAAUAUCAAAUACCUUUAAUAAUUCAAAUAGUUCCAUUAACAUGAUAUCAAUAAACAGUUAUUUCAUAGAUCGUCUACACUUAAUGGCAUGACAUUAAUUUCACAUUGCUUACAUUCUCUAAAAUACUUAUUUUGCAGAAAAUAAACUGUCUGAAAUAAACCCGCACUUUAUUUAGUAAAAAAAAAAUUCGUUUGUUAUUUAAUUAAAAAAUUGUAGCUGCAAAGCAUUACCUUGAUUUAAAAGCAAAUAUAAUAAUUAACAUAAAGGAUUACCCAUAAAAAAAUUUUUUUCUAAAUCAGAAAAGACCUUGCUAUACCUAAUACAAAUAUAAUCUAAUAUAUAUUGUACAUUUUAAAUACAUAAUUAUUUACACGAUUUAGAAACCACAAUUACCAUAUUUGAAAGUUAAUGAUAUGCUCUACGCAACAAGUAACUCCACGUAGGUUAUUUUUAAUACGUAAAAUUAAUUUUUAUAAUUGACAAAAUUGCUAAACCACCAUCUUCUCCUAAAAUAAAAAUAAAAUUAUUUCCUACUACACGUAGGAAAAAAGAAAUAAUGCAAAAUUCUCACAAUUUUAUUUUGUUUUCCAUUGUAGAGUAAAAACACAUUUUCGAGAAGGCGACUGGAAAGAAAUCAUUCAUAGGAUUCAACCAGAACUAAAAAUGUCAACUAUUAAAACUGUCAAAUUAUUCGAAAAGAAAAAGUAACCACGUGCUUGGCACGUAUCAAUAUACACAUGUCUUAGAAAUUAAACACUUAAAAAAUCAAAUCGAUGCUCUGUGCCAUUAUUAUCCCCCUUUUGAAAUAAUCAACUUUGAUUAACUGGCCCAAUGCAUGUUUUUAUUAGGGUUGACUACAAUGGUGUUACGUGUUUCAUUUUUCACAUUGUUACUGCAGUCGAUGAGAGUUGCGAUCGUUUCCUCUUUUGUGAAUAAAACAAACGCGUAACAUUAUGAACUAAUGUCAUGUAUAUACACAAACAUUUAUUAAGACCUUUUUGCUGUGACAAAACUUGAUGUACACAAUAAAAGGAAAAAAAAAAACAUUUAUAGUUUCUAACGUGUACUAUAGCUCGUCCCAUAUUGAAAAUAUAGUUAAUAUUUUUGGGGGAAUCGAUAUAAAUUUGAGGGCAUUAUUAUUAUCAUUAUCAUAUAAAUUAUCAUAUUUUUUCCAUUCGUAUACAUGUUCGGUGUUUCAAAUUAUUUCAGUAAAUCUUUGCUAUAUUACGCAUUGAUGUCAUUUUGAAGUCUCUUUAUCCUAGAAAACUUAGUAUCAUUUUGAAGUACAACAAAAAGUUUAUUAGAUCGGCCUCUAAACUUAGUCAAUGUAAAUCGUAACUAUCAAAAAUAUGUUUUACUUCGUAUUUAAAAUUUAUCAAUCAGUUCUUGAAGACGUGUAAAAACUUAGUGAACUCCUCAGUGUAUCACUAUCAUGAAGAGGUUAGUAGUGUUAGUUCAGAUUCGUUUUUGUUUUUAUAUCUUGACUCUAUUGAAAGCAAAAGAAACACAUUUUUGACUAAGAUGUUGCUUGAUAGCGGAAGCAAAAGAAUAGAAAUCUAGAUUUCUUUAUUUAUAUAAACAAAAUUCUUGGACGGGGGAAAGAAAGUUCUAUCUACCAUAUAACCGAAGUUCUACUUAAACGUCCCCGAUACUACAUUGUGAAACAUUUCAAAACAAUUUAAUUCAGAUCAGACAUCGCUCUUCAAGACAUUAGGAGAAGUAAAUGCCUCAAAAUGAUUCUAGCAGAUGACUCCAUGAUGACAAUAGCAGUAUUUCCUCUAGAAUGCGCGCUGAUGAGGUCAACGUCCAUUUUAAUCGUCCAAUCCUUGUCAGAAAACUUCAGGGUUAAUAUCAAAGGCAAUCUUAAUGAAGUCCAAUUCUCAAACUUCCGUCUCUAAAUAUUAAAUGGGAAGUUACAUAGGGACCAUGUUAGGGGUAAUCUCUGUCAAAUCUUAAGGAUUCAGUUACCUGUCUACAUUUUUGGGGCGCACGUACAUACAAAGAAUUUUGCUAAAUAAUCUGAUCAUUGUUUUGACUACAACUCAUGAAUAUCAAUAAAUAUAUUCACAUUAAAGGCAAUUAUUAUCGUUUAUUUAUGAGCUUAUAAUUUUGACUCAUUUGCUGCAGUUUAGAUUUCCCAAAAACGAAGGUCCUUAUUUUUAAGAUACUUUCACUUGUCAUAUAGUUUAAUCAUACUUUUCAUUCUAUCAAAGAUCGUAGCAAACCAAGUCUUUAUUUUUUUAAAAAUAUUUCCACUUGUCACAUAGUUGAAUCAUACAUUUUAUUCUAUCAAAGACCAUUGCAAACAAAGUGGAUUCAUCUGUUUGAAAGUAAUUUGUCUUUUUCUUUGCAGGAUGUCUUUUCUUGAUUACUUAUGAACAAUCAUUAAAGUUUGUAAUUAUUAAAAAAAAAAAAAGUCAUAUUAAAAUAAAACAGCUUAAAAUUCAAGAUACGUGUAUGUCUACCCUAAUAGGCCUAAUCGAAAACUAUACAUUAUUUAGCUUUGUUCGAAUCAUUUGUUAACAGCCUGUUAAAAGAUACUUUUUAGUCUUUAUUUCAUGUAAAAAAAAUUAUUUUAUUCAACCUAUAAAAAAUAUAUAUAUAUUUAUAAAUAGAAAAAAUUCAUAGCUGUAAAAGUGUGUAAAAAUACGUCCUCACAGGCUCAAUAUAUACAUGCCAUUAUUUAAAAAAAAAUAAGUACGAAAUUAAUAAAAUGUUUUUGUACGAUUAAAAAAACAACAUUAUUGUAAAAGUAUUUAAAUAGUCCUUAAAAAAUAGCUUCAUGGACUAAGCAAUGCUAAGAUCAAUAAAAUGAAGUGAUUUAAGCAAAGCGGUACAUUAAGAAAGCCAAUAUUAACUUUAGCAGCGCAGCUAGAAAAACAGUAUUUAUUAACCAAUUAAUUUCCUUUAUCUUGUUUGUUUCCAGACACUUUGACAAAUACAGAAUCUACAUGCCGCCUAAAAAUGAAGAUAUGCAUCCUUUUAGUAAUACUGAACAGUAAGUUGUUGAUUAAAAACAAAAUAACUAAAUACGUGUUUCUCAAAAUAACGAGUUCAGAUUUAAUUCCAAAGUUCAACCAAAACGCAAUAUUGUAGAAUACGCUAAGAUUUUGUAUAUUUGAAACAUUUAAAAUAAAUAAAUAAAAGAACAAUUUAUGUUUAGACCCCCCCCCCCCCCUUUUUUUUCCCUUUUUUUUUUUUUUUUUUUUCAAUUUUUUUUUAGCCCCCCCCCCCCCCUUUUUUUUUCCAAAAAAAGAAGGAAAAAAAUAAGAUGAUUAAUCUGACGUUUUGUCGAGAUGCUUUCCUUGGCAAAAAAUGGAAAACAAAAAACGCAUAUUUUUACAUUAAAUAAUAAAAGUUAUGUUUCCAAAGAUCUCAAUAAAGUCAAUGCAGUUCAGAAUAGAAAGUGACUUAAGUUAUAGUUAAAUACGUAAGCUGAGUUGCCAAAGAAGCAAAACGUGCUUCCCAUAUUUGUGUGGGGUACUUCAUAUGACGUUAAAAGAAAAAGAAUUAUCGUCAAUGUAAAAUAAAAAAAAAAAAGAGAAUAUAAAUGAAGGCAUAUUAAGGAUCACUAAUAAAUAAGCAUGUGAUUAAUUUCAUAUGGUGAUAUUGCGGCAAAAAGCUUAACACAUAUGUUUUAAUUCUUCACUCUCAAUGUUGUAAUGAUGCAAAAAUGAAGCCAGGAUUCACACUUCUGAAAUGCCCCUGUGUAUUUACCUCUUUUGAAAUGGGAUGAGACCGGGGGAGGCUGGUUGUGUUCUAUAUUGAAAAGCUGUUAACUGAAUCUAUGAGAUAGUAGUAUUCCCUUCUCAAAUAUAUAACAGCCACGGUAUCUUCGGCAAACAACAACAUAGAUCCCAUUUAGCCUAACACACAUGAAGCCCUCGUGGAUGGUAAAGAAUUAUUUAGCGAGCCAGUGUGUUUCGUUUCCAGACUGCAGAGCAAACUCUGAAAAAAAGUUCUUGAACAUGGUUUAGUCCCAACGAGAGAGGUUAGCUCAAAGGCAACUGUGAACCAUAUAUUUUUAUUCCUUCCGGGAACAAUAAGUGGAGUGUUAUGAGCAUACAAUCUUUAGGGUCAGGGUCAGACAAAUAUUUUACACUAAAGAAAAACACAUUACAUUUUGUUGGUCUUUUUUUAAAAUAAAAAUCGUGAGACGUGAUAGAGUUGUUUUUUUUUUAGAAGUUUUUAGAAAAUGUUCUAUGUAAUGAGGAAAAUAGUAAGUAUUUUCGCCCUUACGUAAUUGGUUGAAGAUGGCAAGAGUUUGAACAAACAAAGGGGAUAAUAAUUCCGAAAAGAUAUUUAUAAGACAUCACCAAAUAACACUGCUAUGCUGUAUUAUUAAGACAUUUUCCAUUCUGGAAGUGUAAUGUCUAAACUUAAGAAUAAGUCUGAUAAGCCAGUAAAUAUUUCGAUGAUGGAGAAUCCCACACGCGUUCAAGAGCACAUUGUUCAUUCCGCCCUACGAUGAAUUCUACGACAAUCUUUGAAAGUGUACAUCAGUGGUAUACCUUAAAAAAUAAGUGAAUUUCUACCGGAUUAAUAUUGAACAACGCUUGUCACAGCUAGAUAUACGAGUCAGGAUGAUGUAUUUUAUAUAAUUUUUUGCAAAAAAAAUUAAGGAUCCAUACCUUUUAAGGAAUAUUUGGUUUUUGAACGAAAGUUACAUGUAAUUUGAUGGCUCAAUUAAUCGCUAGCCAACUCACUUCCUUGGAUUUUAACGUCCAGAAAACCCCUAACAGUAUACGUGACGAAAUGAUGUGUCCUUUCAAAAAAUGGUAUAGUAAGCCGCUAUUGUUUUAAAGAUGGGAAGAUCAAUGUUCUUACAGUCAAUCAAGAAUGCUACUGGGGCAUGAUGAUCGAGCUAUUUCUUCAGGAAUUUGAGAAGUUUAUGUCGUGCAAGAAAACCUUGACAUGGAUAGAGAGAUUAAUCAACUGGACGGGGUGACCAGCGUUACAGCUUGAGAAUCUAUUGCCAUACUGCAGAAAAUCUUUCCUCGACGCAUCAUAUCACGUUGUACCAAUUUACCAUACCCGUGUCCCUAACCCUGAUCUUAAGCCUUCUGAUGUCUACUAGAGUGGAAUGUUAAAGGAAUGUGUGUUCAACUGUCAAGAUGCUUCAUAAACACUGCCAGCUUUGCCCAAGAAAAGUGUCUACUUUUGCAGGAGUCUGCAGCAGCUCUUAUUCGGUAUAUGUUUUAAAAUCUACUGUUUACAGCGAGGAUAUGUGCACGGUGAACAUUUACGUUUCGCAUUCCGUAGUAAAUCAACACGCCAAUGUCUUUGUAUUUAGUGAUAAUAAAUGUCCAGAUGGCAAGAAAAAAAUACAGUAAUUUUCUGUAAUGUUAGUUACAUUUUGUGCUUGCUUUGUAAAUAAAAUAAAAACUAGUUUUAAGAAUUAAUCAACAAACAGGGGCACUUCCAAAACUAUAGUAUAUAAUUUAUUGAACUAAUAAAUAAGAAUAGUACUAUCAACAUACUAAUGAGUUAAAAUACCUUAGCAGUAUAGACGUUUUAUUUCUUAAGAAGUAUUAUAGUUAGCUCAUGGACAUAAUAAUGUUAUUUAAACUACUGGCACAACGGUUAGCUGCGGCACAACCCUUUAUCUAUACGAGGCAAACUUGUUCAACGGGAAUUACUGCAACUCAAUCAGUUCAGUAAAUUAUUUACUAUUUAUCACGGUUUAACUAAGCUUGGACUGUAGUCAAACUAUUCACAAACUACUCUACGGGCAAAAUAUUAUGAAUUGCCCUAAAAUCAAAGUAUGUUUUACUAUGCAAUUAAGUGUGCUUUUAGCUUAAAAUAGAUCGUGAAAUUUUUUAACACAUUAUGUACAAAACCUUUAAGUAAAUGAAUUAAUGUAUUUAUAUAGUGAUGCUUGAUUAUCAUUCUUUUUUAAUUAACAGAUUUCUCUUUGGGCCAGGAAAUAAAAAUGUUUGAGAUACGACAAGCAGACAGCAACACUAAAUGCACUUCUGGUUUACUAAGCAACAUUGACCGGCUAUUCUUAAAUACGACUGUUAAAUUCAGAAAUGAGUUAAAGAAUAGCUCAAUUGUGAGAUUUGACAUUAGGCAAAAAAUCAGCAACGAAUACAAACUUGUAAGUUUUUUUAAUCUCUAAUCUAUUGAUAGAUAGUGGGUAAGAUAAUGCAAUUGCGCCCAUUGUAUAUUAGCUGAUUUAAAUGAGUUAAAAGUUGCCAUACAAAAAUAUUUAAAAAAACUUUUAAAACAUAGUUUGGAUCUGAAAUAGAAUUUUGUUUUAUUAAACUAAGCAAUUACAAUUAGAAGUACAAUUAUAAUAUUUAAAAAAAAUUAUUGUACAAUUAUUGUUAAUUUAUUCCCUAGUUAUUUUCUGUGGACGUUAAGUCAGAAUGUACAGAAAAUAAGAAGACUGGAAACUAUUAUCACUGUUCAAAAAUUUCUGAUGACGCAUAUAACAUAUCAAUAAAUUCAGAAGUGAUCCCACUUUUGAGUGAAGCCUCUAUAAGAGGUGUCAUAAAACAUUAUAAUCAAACUGAAAUUGCUAGUGAUCACCUGACAUUACCCAAAAUAGUUGGUAAGUAAUCUUGUAUUUUGCUACGUUUCUUUCUAUUUUAUUAUUGAUACAGUUUAUUCAAAAUAAAAAUAAUUUAAGAAAUAAUUUUAACAUUUACAAAUACAAAAUACAAAUUAUUUUAAUGACAGUGAUAAAUAAAUGCACAUUUUAAAUAUCUUAACUAUAGGCACCUAUAUUAUUUUUCGAAAAUUUAUUUAAUUAAUAAUAAAGAAGACAUGCCUUAUUGUUCUACGAAAAAUAUUCAACGUACGCCUAACCUCGCUUCUUAACUUUAUUUUAGUCAUUUAAUCAAAUAACUGAACCCAAAACGCCGAUGACCAAAUGACCUCUGGAUCAGGAUUUUGUUUAUAAAUAUUUAAGUUAUAGCGUUCUAUAUUAAUCACAUCUUUUGACCUGAUUUUUCUUCCAGAACCAACAGAUGUCACAGGACAAUUGACAAUAAAUGAAAAUAACAUUACCGACAAAACUUAUUGCAGCCUUGUUAUUGAUAAUGUUGAUUUAAUUAUAGAAUAUGUUUGUUUGGGUCAAGCAUCCCCUUGUUUAGUAGAAACAUCCUCCAAUGAUUCUACCAAGGUAGUAGUAGGGGCUAACCGAGCUGUCUUCAAAAGGUUUUUAUAUCAAGACAUCACGCUCAAAAUCAAAAUAAAAUAUGCACUCUGUCGACUUGACUUUGGAUAUAAUAAUGUGGAGUGUACUGUCACAAGACGUAAGUACCUUUAAUUGUUGUUUGUUAACAAAUCUAUUUUAUGUUAGCUGACAGAUUUAAACGAACAAAAUAAGACACUUUACUUAAGGGAUACUAUUUAAAUAUCCUGUUUAAAUCAUCCAAUAUUCAGACACUAUGAACAUUAGAAAGUGAAAUUAAGAUGCUUGGGAAAUCUUUUAAAAAAUGCAACUCAAUUUACAGCAUCCUCAAAAUACUUUUUGAAAAUGAUUUUUGGAGGUAAAAAUGUUUGCUAUCCUUUUUUUAUAGGCUCAAUUUACACACAGACUAGGCAACACUUAAUAAUUAUAAGCCAAUUUUCCAUUAAUUGUUCUUAAUUUAAAAAAAAAAACAGGUGGUCAGCAUCAGAAAAUAUUUAUUCUAAUACUUCUAAUAACUGGAAUACCAACAGCACAAGUUUUGUUGUUUGCGAUUUACAGGUAAUUGAUAGUUCAUCGAUUAUCUAAUUACUUAAUUAUCUGCAUAUCUCCAUUUGUUGCUUGCCUGUCUGUCUUUUCUUUACUUAAACCUUUGCACUCAUUAAUCCAAACAUUUGGUAAACAACCCAUCCAGUCAUGCAACUAUUUAUCAAUCCAUCUAAAAGCUGAAUGUGUCGAAUUCUUAAUUUAAGUUUUCCAUUGUCUUGAUAAAAAAACAAUCUACAAAUUGUUAUUUCUUUUAUUUUUUUUGUUUUAUUUAUUAAAUAUAAAAAAUCUGAAUGUAUUUUUUUUUUUUUAAUUUAAAAGUUUAUUUUCACAGCGUCUUUAAAGUAAACACAAACAAGAGGAGAUCAGGUAAAUUCGAGUUUUUUUUUUCCUCAGAUGUUUCAUAUCGAUUCUUACCAACUUCCCAAAAACAUGAAAAUUCAUUAAUGUUUAUUUAGUAUAAUUUGAGAACCCUUAUAUUUUCACAUAUUUAUUUUAAGUUUUAAUAGAAUGAUGCAAAAUGUUUAAGUUUUAGUAGUUCGUGAAUAAUAAUAAUAAUAAUAAUACUAAAGUUAAUUUAAAAAAUAAACUUCAUCCCCAAAGGCUCGAAGCGCGGUACAAAAUCAACAAAAAACAAAUCUAUAAUUUACCACAUUUAAAACAAACGCAACACUGCAAAAACUAAUUACAAGCAUACAAUGACAAAGCCUUUCUUGCCAUUUCAAACAUAAGCAACUCAGCUAAUAUGCAUUAAAUGGAAGAUAUGGUAGACAAUCAUCCCAGAAGGUGUUUGCGAAAUAGAUGUGUCUUUAAAUCGGUUUUAAAGGACUCCAGUGUCUGGUUGUUUCUGAGAUCGAGUGGAAGGGCGUUCCAAAUUGUUGGACCAGCAAACGCGAAAGUGCGCUUUCCGUAAGUCUCAAGGCAAACACGUGGUGUCGAGAGUUUGCCACUAUCGGAUGAGCGGAGCUCUCUAGUGGGUACAUAAGGCGUCAGCAGCUCUUUCAGAUAGGACGGCGCCAGGUCAUGUAAGCAGCGGUAGCACAAAGUUGCGAUUUUGUACUCUAUGCGAGCACGCACCGGCAGCCAGUACAACUCUCUCAGAAGUGUUUUUGCAUUGCCCUUCAAAAUAUACAAGCAAAAUUAUCUCCCAGCAAGUGAAUUUUAAAAAAAUCCGUUUUAUCUAAAUAGUUUUCAUUGUUCGAUUACCUGACACGUUUUGAUAUUAGUUGAAAUUAAAAGAAGGGAAAAAAAAACACACUCACAUGACUUUAAACAUGUUAUAUAUUGUAUUUUAAAAGAAAAAAGUAAACAACGCACAUUCAAUCCCUUGGCGUCUUAUGCCAUAAUAGGGAGGCUUCGGUCACGGUCUGAUUUAUUUGAUGCAGUAGUUAGACGCAGGUUCUGCCCUACUAAAGACCUAUCUAUGAGCUGUCAUAUGGUUCUUUUGCAACAUACCAUCUAAUCUUAUUUAAAUACGCAUUUCCACAACAAUGGCAUAUACGUAUGUUAAAUCCAAUAUUAUAAUCAUUUAUGCUAUCUUCCUUCCAUAGCAUCGAGUAAAAACGAUAAUGCGGAAGCAGAGCUCCUAAAUCUAACAGGUAAUGUAUACAUACAUAUGUUACAAACAAAUAUAUGUAUUUAUAGAUGCAAAUAUAUGCAUGUUUCACUACGGGGUGGUGGAAUGUGGUAAAUUACCUUUAAUUUAUAAAUGUAUGAAUGAGAUGUAGACCACACAAAAAUAAAAAAAAAACAAAAAACAGCUUAUUGCGGGAGGAAAAUAGUGUGGUGAAUAUGCCAGUGCUUCAGUGUGGGGGUUAUUUGUCGGUAGAGAUAAUGACAUUUAAUUGAAUGAUUAAACAAAAUUCGCAUAUUGUUGUAUGUAGUAUUUCCAUUUGCUUUAGUUAGGGAUAUAGCAUAAAAAGUUACAACUGACUAAGGUAGAACUAAUCUGAUGGUGGGUAUAGGAAGUCGUUUAUUUGAAGUUGCAAGUCAUUGUUCAUGAUUUUGUAUUUGUGUUACAUAAACAUCUCGUCUCCUGGGAAGGCUAUAUUGAUGGAAAGCAUGCUUGCUCUUAUCUACCGUUUACUGUGAACCCUUGCUUUUAUAUUUGGCUAUGUUUUAUUAAUUUGUAUUUUACGUAACAACGUAGCCUUCCAUAGAAGUUAUUCUAUCUAUCCCCAAAUAAGUUUUCAUUCACUACUGACUACCUACUCAUCUAGCUCUGCAAGCCAUCGUUAAUCAUGUCGUAUUUAUGGUACACAACAGUUUCGUCUUCUGUGAUAGUUUACCCUGAUGGAAAACAUAUGUACACAACAUCUUCCACUUAAACCUCAAACCAAACUUUCUACUAUCAAAACAAUUGUAUCCUCAAAAUUCAACAAACUCAUAUAUAUAUGGUUUUCUUUUCUUGCGACUUUAAACACUAUUAUUUUGUGUGAAUCAUACUGAGGAGCGAUUAAAAACAACAAUAUUACAUAAAGUGUAUGCCAUUAUGAUACAGAUUUAGAGUUAUUACAUAUGAUAAAUGUGUUAAUUUUAUUUUUUUGUUAAAGGAGGAGAAUCAAGGAACAUGAACUUUAAUGUGAGUAAUAUAUUUUAAAAGGCCGUAUGUUUUUAACAUGCAACAUGUUAAGCAAAAUAAAACAAUCAUUCAGAUAUUUUUGCCAUUUAAUGGAUGUUGUUUGGCUUGCUAAGAAAAAAAAGACACAAACAAUUUUGGAAAAUAUAUAAACGGCUUUUUCAAUCUUAUUAAUUUUACUUUUAUCAUAAAAAAUAAUUCUAAAUAUAAUUGGAUACAUUAAAAUUAUUUUUUUAUGUAAGAAUUAAGGCAAGCUGAAAUAUGACGGCUCUUAAGCAUUCACUUAUUUUUAAGUGUUUUUGUGGGAAAAUUCGAAAUGAGUAUUGUAUCAUGAAUCCAAUCCCUGUUCACUUGGCAUUAACUCCUUAGCAUCUUUGAUACUUAUUUUUUUUUUCAAUGACAUGUAUGAAAAAUUACUUCUAGAAAAUUGUAAAUUUUUUUUUUUUUUUUUUUUUAAACUCAUUAUAAAAUUUUUUUAAAAUUAAAAUCGUCGAAGCCCCGUAUUAUUUUUUUUUUUAAUGAUAUGUAUGAAAAAUUACUUCUAGAAAAUUGUAAAUUUUUUUUUUUUUUUUUUUUUAAACUCAUUAUAAAAUUGUAUUAAAAUUCAAAUCGUCGAAGCCCCGUAUACACUGCUCAUUUCUAUAAAUUUCUGUCUAUGCAGUGAUGGCUUGGCAGAUAUUAAAAAGUUUCCCCGAAUCCAAUGUUCAUAUAUAUCUGUAAAAUACAAAUGGAAGUUACUUGGAAUGAGACGCAUUUUAGCGUUAUCAUGACACAAAGAUACGCUUUCUAUCAAUUAUGGAAAAAAAGUUAUUAAUGAUGAAUUUACUCCCCCAAUAUUUAGCUUUGUUGUUCAUUGCUAUAAACUGUGAUCGAAUUAUUACUCUUUUUGUACCAGUUUUUUUUUUUUUUUUUUUUUUUUUUUUUUUUUUUUUUUUUUUUUUUUCUUUUUUUUUUUUUUUUUUUUUUUUUUUUUUUUUGGUUAAUGUUAGAGGGCUAAAAACUGAAGGAUAUAUUUUAGUCAAGUUAUUCACUUAAUAAAUUGAAUCAAUUGUUAAUAAAUUUAGCAUUUAUAAAAAUGAUCACGCAAGCAAAAGUUGUUAUUAAAAACAAUUGUCAAACAAACUUAAUUUUACCCAUCCCUAAAAAAAAUAACAAAAAUAACAGAACUAUUAAGGACAUAAAGCCUUUAAUAUACAUUUGAUAUUACAAAAAGAUCAUUCCAGUCAUUAUUUUCGUGAAUGACAGUUUUCUUUGAAUUAAAUGAAGACUCCCGACUGCUCCACACAAAUAAUCCCCCCCCCCCCCCCCACACCACCCCCACACCCCAAUCCAGUAGCACAUGAGCACAAAAAAAUAAAAGAAUUGAUCUACCGCAUCUUGAAAGCCAAUGUCAAAGGUGGUCAAGGUAUAAAUUAUAUCCGUUAGGAAUUAGUUCAUUUACAAUGAUGCCCAACAUCCAAUUUGUACAGGUGAAGGCAGCACCUUCUAAGGAAUCUGUCUGUUUUUUAUUUUAGUUGUACUGUACAUGUGUGGUACAUAUUAUAUAUAUAUUGCAACUGUAAGUAAAAAAAUGAUUUAUUCUAUUCUUAUAUAUUUUUUAUUCUUCUUCUUCAGGCAUCAACUUUUUGUCUUGCAAUAAACGAAACUUCUGAAACGAAUAACAAAAAAAAUAACAUUUUGGAAAAGAAAAUGCAGGAAAUGUCUGACGCUGUAUUUCAAGCUUCUGAAAAUGGCCAUGCAGACACAGUAGAAAUGCUUAUAAGCAAUGGAGCUGAGGUAAACCUGAAAAAUGCUAAUGGUUUUACCAGCUUGAUGCUAGCAUCUCUAAAUGGACAUUGUAAUGUUGCUGAAAUUCUUUUGAAAAAUCGUGCAAAUGUUAAUACAACCAAAGACGAUGGGGUAACCGCCUUAAUGUUAGCAUCACAAAGUGGACAUUUUAACAUUGCUAUAAUGCUUAUGGAAAACAAAGCCGAUAUUAAAAUGAGAGACAGGAAAGGUAUGACAUCUCUUAUGUAUGCUUUAAAACAUAAACAUAUAGACAUUAUUCAAGUUCUUGUUGAACGUGGAGCUGAUUGGAACGAUAAAACAGUUGAUCAAAUAACAGCUUUGAUUUUGGCUUCAGAAAGUGGACGUACUGAUAUUGUAGAAAAGAUAAUAAAAAACGGAGCUAAAAUUGAUGAAAAAGAUAAACGUGGUAUGAGCCCAUUACUGUAUGCUCUAAAAAAUAAACAUUCUCUUACAGCAAAAACAUUAAUAAAACACGGAGCUAACACAAAUGAUAUUGACAAGGAAGGUAAGACAGCCCUAAUGUAUGCUGCACAAAAUGGAUUGAAUGAUGUAGCUGAAAUAAUUAUUGAACACAACGCAAAUAUAAAGAAUAAAAACAUAUUUGGAACAAAUGCAUUGAUGUUUGCAUCCCAAUGGGGUCACACGACUAUUGUUGAAUUGCUGAUAGAAAAAGGAGCUGAUGUACAGGAUACAAAUAAAGACAGUAUGACGGCCUUAAUGUUUGCUUCCCAAAACGGUCACACUAAAACAGUUCAAAUUCUUAUUAAGAAGCAAACUGUUAAAAAAGAUACAAAUAGUGAAGGAGACGAUGAUGAAAAUAUAAAUUUAAUAAAAGGCUCCAAUAUAGACGAAAAAAACGUGUAUGGUCGCACUGCUUUAAUGUUGGCGUCCUUAAAUGGACACACUAAAACUGUUGAUACUCUAAUAAAAUUCGAUGCUAAUGUUAAUGACUCUGACACCGAAGGAUUUACAUCGUUAAUGCUUGCAUCACGAAACAGACAUUUGGAUGCUGCACUAAAACUUAUAGAAGCUGGGGCUAAAGUAAACUCUACCGAUACAGUAGGUAGGACUGCUUUAAUGCAUAGCUCUCGAAAUGGCUACACGGAAGUUGUUCAACUGCUUUACGAAAAUAGUGGGGAUAUUAAUAUAUUAAACAAAGACGGAAUGACUGCUUUAAUGUAUUCAUUAAAACAUAAUCAUCAAGAAACUGCUGACUUGCUUCUAACAAAUGGAGCUAAGGUUAAACAAAGAAGUUUUCCAAAUUAUGUUAGUCUACAAAACAAGGAUGGUUGGACCUGUUUAAUGUUUGCAUCAGAAAAAGGACUAACGUCAACAGUGGAAACUAUUAUUGCAAUGGGAGCAAGCGUUAAUGAUAUAAACAACAUAGGUCGAAAUGCAUUUAUGUAUGCAUGUGAAAACGGACAAACAGAGACGGCAGUUGUGCUUUUAAAAAAGGGCUCUUAUAUUAAUGCAAAAGAUGAUGAAGGUGUUAGCGCUUUAAUGAUGGCUUCAAUACGUGGACAUGCAGAGACUUGCAGUUGGCUUACUAAAAAUAAUGCUAAUAUUCAAGAUAAAGAUAAAAGUGGCAAAACUUCGUUAAUGUAUGCACUAGAAAAAAAGAGAGAAGAGAUUGUUGACAUUCUGAUAGACUGUGGAGUUAGUGGUAACGAGAAAGAUCAAAAUGGGAUGAACGCUUUAAUGCACGAAACAUAAAAUAUGCAUUUUGAAAAUGUCAAAAAGUUAAUUAGAAAUAAAGCCGAUGUUAAUGCAGAAAAUCUUUUAGGACAAACAGCUUUGAUAUUAGCGUCACAAAAUGGCUACCAAGAAAUAGUAGACAUUCUUGCAGAAAAUAGUGGGGAUGUUAAUAAGAAAGACAAACAAGCACAUACAGCUUUAUUGUAUGCAAUGCAAAAUAACCACCUGGAAACGGCUCAUUAUCUUAUAUUUAAAGGAGCCAAUUGCAAGGAAAAAGACAAAAAUGGUUCUACUUUAUUAAUGUUGGCAUCAAAAAGUGGACACUUAUUUACAGUCGAACUGCUUAUGAAAAACGGUGUAAACCAUAAAGACACAAAUAAUUUGGGUAAAAAUGCUUUAAUGUUGGCGUGUGAAAAUGGACACACGGAGAUGGCUGAAAUGCUCAUCAACACAGGAAUAAAUAUUAAUGAUACCGAUAAAAAUGGUUGUAACGCGUUGAUGUUUGCCGGUGACAAUGGACAUACUGAGACGGCGACAAUGCUUUUAAGUAGAGGAGCCGAUACAGAGGUAAAAGAUAAAAAUGGCUUGACAGCAUUAAUGCAUGCAUCACAAAAUGGACACACUGCUACUGCUCAACUGUUUAUAGACAACAGAAAAGGCUUGAAGGUUAAGAGUUUUAUUUGAACACUGUAUGGUGGCAAAGUAACAAAAAUAGUUUAUGUAAUGGAUGGAAAGGAUUGGAGUUUGCUCAAACUCAUUGAAGAAAAAAAAGUGCUUUACGCUUUUGAUAUAUAAUAAUUAUGUACUGCUAUUUUAAUAUGUGAUGCCGGUACGUUGAGACUUUUCAUAUACAACUCUUGAUAUAUGUGUUUUUGUUAAAAGGAUAUUUUUUUGCAACUCCUUUCAGUUAUUACGUAAGCAUGUUCAUGUAUCGUAACUAUUUGAUAUAGUUUAAGUAAAUACAUUUUAAAAGGUAAAAUUGCACUUGUUAUUUCUAAAUUUUCAAUGAUAUUAAAGCUUUUUCUAGCUGAUCCAUCCCAUUGGAUCCGACUCUCAGCUAUAUAUCCAAAGCUAGCCAUCACCUUUCUAUCUAUCUCUUUUUGUUCUCAUUCUCACUCUCAUGUCCCUUUGUUCUUUCCUCUUCAUUCACGCAACUGUUGAACAAAGCAACGAUAAUCACAACUUUGAGUAAAAGCCUGCCUAUCAAUAAUGAUAUCAAUGAGCAAACCACUUCCAACCAACUACUCUUAACAUCAAAACCCAAUCAUGCAUUGCACAUCAUCUACACUCCUACACUGAACAACAAUAACACAUUAAACGUCUUUUACGCACUGGCUUCUAAUAUGAGAAAUUAAUCUCCUAUUUUAAUUUUAUUGGUUCGUUGUAAACAGUGCCUAAUAAAGGACGAUACCAUAGAGUCAACAAUAUUAAAGAUACGACGCCCAAAACAGUUGCCAGUCACAAUUAAUUAAGAUUUAUUAAGUAUUAAUACAAUAACAAAACAUAAGAAAUAUCAUUAUAAAUCAUCAACUUACAGUAUGGUAGACCUUGUACUGGUACACAGUUAACACA